CUUAACUUUCACAAAGCGUCACUGUAGGUCAGAAUUUUGACAAAACAAAUAAUCUUGCGUUUCACAGCUGACAUCGAAAAAAUUAAGUCGUAGUACAAGUUAAAUUAGAAAUUAAAUAAUAAAAUACAAAAUGACUUCGACAAUGAAAUCGUUCAAAGAAAGGCGAACAUUUGCACAACGUGUAGCCGAUGUAGAGCUCAUAAAGAAACAGCAUCCAAACAAAGUUCCUAUAAUUGUUGAGAGAUAUUAUGCAGAAAAAUUAUUGCCACUACUGGACAAAUCAAAAUUUCUAGUUCCUGAUCAUCUACCGGUUGCAGAACUGAUUAAAAUUAUAAGACGUCGAUUGCAACUGAAUCCAACGCAAGCAUUCUUUUUACUGGUGAAUCAAAGGUGUAUGGCGAGUGGUAGUAUGACUAUGGCUCAACUUUAUCAACGCGAAAAAGAUGAUGAUGGCUUUCUUUAUAUCGUGUUUGCAAGCCAAGAAGUCUUUGGUCAUUUAGAUUAGUCAUUUUCUUCCAAUAAAGAUAAUUGUACAGUUCUUUAAAUUGAAAUUUGCUAUUUGUCUGUCGGAUGACAGUGAGGAUUUCUGGGUGUUAACUAUAAUAAUACAAGUGUUUUCUUGUAAAUAAAAGGUGAAUAAUAAUCCACAAUUAAUGGAAUACAAUUUGCUAUCAGAUCGCAAAAAAAAUCUCUAGCAACAUUAUCGAAAGUGCAAUUUUCAAUAAUUGAUGCAAGAAAUAUAUUCUGUUUUCAUGGAAAACGGAAAUUUUGUUAGAAAAUUGAUUUUAAGAUAAUGUAAGUAGUAAAUUUAGAUUAUUACAGUGUGCAGUUAACGCACCCAAAAAAUAUUAUAUUUAGAGAGAGAGAGAGAGAGAGAGAGAGAGAGAGAGAGAGAGAGAGAAAGCAUGAAACUGAAAUAAUUAUUAUCAAGACGUAUCUUACAAUAGAUGCAUAAAACCUAACUAUGACUAUGAAUGUUUAAUUAUAAAAAAGGGAUAUUCUAAGAAUUUUAGACUAGAGAAAAAUAGUCGAAAAUACAGUAGAAUCCCGCUUAUCCGACCUUCGCUUAUCCGAGCUUCCGGGUUAUCCGAGGCACCCGUUGCGCUCUGACCAAUCCGCAUUAUCCGAGGUGCAGCUCGGAUAAUACGGAAAGUGCCGUGGCUUAUGAACACAUAAACUUGUUAUAACACGAUUUGUGUGCCCUACGGUUGCGAGUUUUGUGUGCAUAUUUCAUUCUUCCAUUCAAAAUACAUAAAAAAUUAUUAAAAUUUUCAAAUUCUUUAUUUCAUCCGUGUUAUCCGAGUUUUCGCUUAUCCGAGGUGCCCCUUCCCCACAUUACUUUGGAUAAGCGGGAUUCUACUGUAUUCCCAUGACUUAUAAAAGUCUAUAUAUAUAUAUAUAUAUAUAUAUAUAUAUAUAAAUAUAAUGUAUAUAAAGAUGUCCUCUUCGAAAAAAAGGAAAUUUUAAUCAGCACAAACUGACAAAAUGCAGGAGUACAGAUUAAUCACAAAAGUCAUGUCCUUUCCAAAAUAGAAAUUUAAAUUUUAAAAGUGAGAUUUCAAAACGUAAUGUACCUGAUAAACAGUCAUUUUUUUCCUUUUUUUUGUUUUAAAGUAUAUAUGUGAAAACUAGUACUGUAAACUUUGAUCUGAAAUAUGCGCGAUAUUUACUCCUUUCUCGAGGAUAUAAACGUAGAGAUUAAUUUCGAAAAAUUUGUAGAUAAAAAAACUCACGUGUUAAGAAAUAAUUUACGAUUUUGUAUUCCAAUAUUCAGACUUUGUAAAAGAUUUUCCCUCUCUUUUCAACACUGUAUGCAGUUUAAUAUAUGCAGAGGACACA